AUGACGAACUCGGUGGCUAGUUUGGCACUACUAGGGUUUUGCAUACUUCAAGUGAUGUCCUUACUUGUGCCGCAAGCCAACGCUAGGGCUUUCCUUGUGUUUGGAGAUUCCCUCGUCGACAAUGGUAACAACGACUUUCUAAUCACCACCGCUCGUGCAGACAAUUACCCUUACGGUAUCGAUUACCCGACUCACCUCCCCACCGGCCGUUUCUCCAAUGGUCUCAACAUUCCAGAUAUCAUCAGUGAGCAAUAUUUGGGUCAACCGUCUCCAUUGCCGUACUUGAGUCCUAUGCUGAAGAAACACAAACUCUUAAAUGGCGCCAACUUCGCUUCCGCCGGUAUUGGGAUCCUUAACGACACCGGAAUCCAGUUUCUGAACAUAAUUCGGAUCCAGAAGCAGCUGUCGUACUUCCAGCAAUACAAGCUCCGAGUGAGUGGGUUGAUCGGAGAAGAAGAGAUGACGCGGCUCGUUAAUGGAGCUCUUGUUCUAAUAACACUCGGAGGCAACGAUUUCGUCAACAACUACUACUUGGUCCCUUUUUCUGCACGUUCUCGUCAAUUCUCUCUCCCUGACUACGUUCGCUAUAUCAUUUCUGAAUACCGCAAAGUCUUACGGAAAAUGUAUGAUUUGGGAGCUCGACGUGUCCUGGUGACUGGGACAGGGCCGAUGGGCUGCGUCCCGGCCGAGCUGGCUCAACGUAGCCGCAAUGGAGAUUGUUCUGCCGAACUACAACGAGCUGCGUCACUUUAUAACCCACAACUUGUUCAAAUGAUCAACAGCCUUAACAAUGAAGUUGGAUCCUCCGCCUUCAUUGCCGCUAAUACUCAACAAAUGCACAUGGACUUCAUCAGCGACCCACAAGCUUAUGGGUUCGUAACGUCGAAAGUGGCUUGUUGUGGACAAGGACCCUACAAUGGGAUAGGACUAUGCACACCGUUAUCAAAUCUCUGCCCAAACCGAGAUCUCUAUGCCUUUUGGGAUCCUUUUCAUCCAUCAGAGAAAGCAAGUAGAAUCAUUGCUCGACAAAUCCUCACUGGCUCUCCUGCCUACAUGCAUCCCAUGAACCUCAGCACCAUCCUCACUCUUGAUUCCAUGACCUAA